UCGAUUCGACACGAAAACAUUGGAAAAGCAGCAGCAACAACAAAAAAGUUGUAGUGCUUCGAGAAGAAAAAGAGAAUAUGGAAGGAGUCCUGCUGUUGUGAACGAUUCAUCCUUCCCGAUGGAACUGAUACAGGACUACGAGCAACAGUACGCCGUGCAGACGGCCGAAAUUACCGCCCAGAUUGGCCGAAUCGCACACGCCAGUGGAGCGGAACGCAACAAACUGAUCUCGGACGUCGAUCGGCAGCUGGAAGAAUCGCAAGAGCUGCUGGAACAGAUCGGGCUAGAGAUACGCGACAUUCCGCAGAACUCGCGGGCCGCCUACACCUCCCGGCUGAACUGCUACCAGGCGGAAUGGAAACGGUUGCAGCAAGAGUUCAACAACGCAAAGGUGGCCCGGUCGAAGGCGGGAUACGACUCGUCGGUGGAUGAUUUCGACGAGAUCGGCAUACAGGAGGACCAGAAACGGCGGCUGCUGGACAAUACGGAGCGAAUGGAGCGCACCAGCAACUAUCUGAACGAUGCGUACCGCAUUUCGGUCGAGACGGAGCAGAUCGGUACGCAGGUGCUGGCGGACCUUAGCCAGCAGCGUGAAACCAUUCAACGGUCACGGGGAAGGGUAAGUGAAUGGCAGCGCAUUGGUGAGAGUAAACUUGUUUCUAAUGAAUUCCUUUUUUUUGCGUAUUCACAGCUACGCGAGACGGAUGCUGAUUUGAGCCGCUCGUCCCGAAUCCUCAACUCGAUGAUUAUGCGCGCAAUGCGCGAGAAGUUUAUACUGGUCGUUGUGGUCGUUGCUAUAUUUCUGGUCCUUAUCUUUAGUAUUUAUUUCUCGAUAUCGUAAUCAGUAUCUGGGCUGAAUGGUGUUCCGAUGAUUCACCUUUCGCCGUCGAUCGGUGCGAGAUUAGGUUCGUGUUCCGGAGUGAGUUGGGGGACGUAUUAUUAGGUAGGGUAAUGAUUUUAUUUCAAUUGUUGGUUUUAUGUUUGUGAUACUUGAUUCCCCGCGGCUUCUUUUCCACCCUUUGAAAAGCUACCGUAUGUAUUGUGAAGAUGUUGUUUUCGUUCGUUUCAGCUAUAGCUCAGUUUUAACUAAAUCAUCACCAAACUCGUACCACGGUUGCAAACAGUGCAAACAGCACGCGCUAAACUAAUGCAAAGUUUAUGUAUAUGUACAAUAAAAACCAUUCCAAUUUGAAGGAAAA